GUGGUCAAGAGUCUGGUAGUUUGUGGUGGUCUGGAAAAAACUUGCAGCUCCUUAAUUUGUUUCAAACUCUCCUGCGUGCUUCCUGGUGGGCCUUAUGUGUUACUGAAAAGUGUAUUUUUUUUUUAAGUAUCUAUCCUUUCCAUCUGUGGAGGCUGCCGGCGGAUGUAUUCGAGUCAUCCAGUUCUGUGGCAGACAUGCCUUCACCUGCCACUCCAAGAGGCCAGGUGCUGUCCAUGAGUGAGGUAUCCCCUCCUGAGGAGUACUUCCGUGGGGUAUCCCCGCUCUGCCGCAGGAUGCUGGACGACAUGACCGCCGUGCGGGAGGCCUACGGUGACCGCUGGAACGGCCUCUCCUACCACCAACAGUGUCGUGUUAUUGAUCAAGCCAUUGUAGACGAGGCGACGGUGCGCCGAUAUGAUGGUGGUACUGACGAUGGUCCUGAGUGCGAGUACUUCCCCAAGCUGAAACUCCCAACAGGACAGAAGGUGGUCUGUGACGAGAACCUCACAGCCAGGGGCUUCUCUUGCAGCUGGAGGGACGAGCACUCUGCACCUUUCUCGUGGCACACUCGCUCACAGAUGGAUCUAACACUGGACACGCCGCCAGCAACACCUUCACACCCCAGCACACCUGUGGAGGCGCCACCCACUACUGUAGCAGGGGAAGGUCGCCUCAUACCUGGCGGCAGAGCAGUGUACACGGCAAGACCGGUGUCAUUACCUCGACCACCACGGUUUCGCUGGCACUACGACCCCCCGGACGACCCUCCAUCUGUGGUCGUUUCUGCCCCAAGGUCUGCCUCAGACCUAAACUGUGACGCUCAACGGACACCGCCCAGGACAUCAAAAUAUAUGUUAGUACGUGGAAAGGGUGAGCAGGGUGAUAACAAUGGCUUUCUGGCACGAAUUCGUGGCAUGGUGGUAGCUCUCACUGCUACUUGCUUGCCUCUGCGAGCUCCCCAGGGCCAGACUUCUCUACUAUCUCUACAUCGAGCAUCUGAAAGUGGUGGAGAGCCUGAUUUGCGACCUCUCACCGUACAUGCUAAGAAGGUACACAUUGUGAGGAGUCAGACUAAUGCUCCACCAUGUGACACAUCCCAACACAACGCAUCCAGCAGCAGCAGCAGCCAUACAGAUGUCAAAACUGAAGAGGGUGGUAGCAAGCUUCCCUCACUAUCAGCACUCGCCAGUGAUCCUGCUCUUGUGGGUUACGUUUGCUCCCUCCCCGAGGAUGACGAUGAUACCCCCUACACAGUGGCUUACCUUCCAGGGGCCACACAUAGCCCAGCUGCAGGGCGUACAACACCUCAAACUCCUUCAGAUGUAGAGAAUCACUCGAAGGCCGCUACAACCAUCUACAUACCUCCGCUUGCAGAUCUUCCCACUCCCAUGCCUACACCAACUAUCAGUGAUGAAACACAAUCGACCACCUGCACUUUCUCACAGCCAGCUACCUCGUCGCCCCGGUUACCGUCCUCUCACUCUCCUACCACACUUGAUGAUGCCUUCAGUGCCACUUCUGAGCCAGACUCUACAAUGGAUGCCCUCGACACCCCACGGGAGGAGCAACCCCUGCUUCAUAUAGAUAAAUAUCUGGAGUCUGAGGAGGAUUCAGAGCCGUUGUUCAGUUCAGUUUUAUCCACAAAGAGAGAGAGCACAAUACCCAAGACAGGCUUUGACUUCCUCGACAAUUGGUAAGUUAGAAACCCGGGUCAGGAGAAGUCAGGUCAUGUGGCUCAGCCAAGUCAUGUGACUCAGCCAGCAUAUCACAGCCAGGUCAAGUAUAACUACAAGGUCAAUUACAAUGGCUGAGCAAUUCUCAUGGCCGUGGAAAAUAGAAGUGAAUAAAUUAUAUAGAAAUAAUGAUAUUGAGCAAGAGGUAUGAGCAACUUCUAGCAUAAGGAGUGGAGGUGUCCCAAUUCUCCAACUAAUUGCUAAACAAAUUACUCUCACUGGAAAACUUUCUCUCGAAAGCGGGUUAAGAAGAAUAAAAGGCACAAUACCGUGACUGGAAAAAUACACAAAUUACCCGCACAUAGAGAGGAGCUUACUACGACGUUACGGUCUCCUUUUCGCUAGUGUGACUUUGUAAAUGGUCCAAGUCGUACUGAAACGUCGUCGUAAUCUUCUCUCAUAAGUUUGUCUAGUAAAUACGGGUUAUUUGCGAGUUAGAACGUAAUGAGGUAUGGUGUAGAUUUAAGAAUGCAGCGCUAGCAAGCAGAGAAGUUAUGGUUAUUGAAGCGUGGGUGUGGAAGGGAGAAGCAAUGACUGGUGGAAUGAUGAAGUUAGAAAAAGAUAAAAUUGAAAAAAUUAGUAUAAGAUUAUUUUACAAUUAAAAAAAUAGGCAGAGGCAGAGAAAGUUCUUACAGGUGGGUUCAGUAGGUACAGUUAAAGAGAACUUUAUAUGCAAAGUUAAAUCACCAGACCUCCAAGUGAUAUCUUUUAAUUCUGGGACCUAAGCGACUGUGACCAGUAGGAAUAUGAUGAGAAAUGCAACAGAUGUCACUCAUUAAGACUCCAAAUGGUGACUGAAAAAGCUAAAUGAUGACUGCAAAGACUGACCUCUACAUUUACAUGUUAGUAAGCAAAUACAGGUCAAUGUGACACAGGUUCCUUAGAGAAGCCUCGUAUAUAAUACUAACUCCUGCAAAACACCAAAUUGACGAGGCACUUCAAAAUACAACAGUUAUCCUUAAAUGUUGUUUUCUAUAGGCUUCUCAUUCUCUUUCCAUUGUACCUUACACAGCACGUUAAGGUAUAAUAAUAUAACCAAGCGCUAAACCCUAAGGGGUCGUGCACAUAAAAAGUAUAUAGUAUUAACAUUAAUGGUAGCAAGCGACGUUCGUAUAUUCUGUACACCGAGAGGUCUAUAUCAUUCAGUAUGUGUAAACAGUUUACCUUAAUCCCUAUAUUAGGGAUGAAUAUAUUCUCAGCUGGUGGUGGUGCACUCGUGGUGUACCCUUGCAGUCGAUAGGCUUCAAACCUUACAAACCAACGUAAUAAACUCGAACAUAAAUAUCUCCUAGAUAUAAUAACAUGCAAAUAUAUAUAUAUAUAUA